AUGGGUUUCCGGCGCGGCGGCGCCAUGUUCCGUUCGCGCGUGCCAGAGCCCAUGCCACGGACGCCCUCGGUGGCGGCCACGGCGACGCCCUCGCCGCCGCCCAGCGCGCUCGGCGCCGCCGAGGAGGCCCCCGGGCCAGCGCAUUCCAACAAGGAGAUCGACGGCGCGGUGCGGGCGGCCGUGGCGCAGGUCCUCGGCAGCCACCCUUUUGCCGUCGACCUGGUGGACGAGUGGUGCAACCAAAUUUUGGAGCACAGCAUCAAGCAAGGCAACCGUGACGUCGCCUUGAGCCACAGGGAGCGGGAUGAGGAGGACGGGUUUGGGGAGUAUGAUGCGGAGCACGCGCAGUUGCCAGCUGGGGGCGACCCUUCAAGUACAUCGGCACGUGCGUUGUAUCGAGGCAGUCCCACGAGACGCUCGACACUGCUGCCACGGCCCUGA